GCUUAUAAGGGGUAGGUAAUCUAAAGCUUUCGAGGCGAAGGCGCGUCGGAGAAAGGAGCUGAACGUGAAAGGAGCUCGCGAGGGGGUUGAAUGGGUGUGGAAGGAGAGGAACAGAGAAAGCCAGGACAAUUUUCCAUCGUCCUCUCUCGUCGUCUCGAUGCUCUGGCAAAAGCUCGCUCGCUCGCUCGCGCGCCUACACUGAGCCAUACGAGAAGUACAUAUACAUGGACGCAUACAUAUGAGUGAGCUUGUGCGCGCGCGAUCGCCUGCCCGCUUACGCCUUCACGACAACAACGUAUACGUAUUUCAUGUGCGACGGUGAGAGAAACGCGAACACCCUGAUACGUUGCGAAUGCGUUCACGUACACGGAAAACUCAGUGCCGCGGUAUUCCCGUCUACUCUGUGGGAUUUCACCUACGGGAUGCCCGUCGUCAAGUCUGCGACAAUCUUUACACCGAGCCUUGUGGAUUAUAGAGAGAAAUAUAAUUUUAUAGCGGACGUAGUGGCGGUAUCAGCACCCUCGGUGGUGUACAUAGAGAUCAAAGAUGAAAAAAAAUUAGAUAUGUUCACAGGGAGACCUAUCACAGCUAGUAACGGCUGUGGAUUUAUUGUUGCUUCCGAUGGUUUGAUAUUAACCAAUGCUCAUGUUGUCAUUAAAAAACGUGGUACCUCAGUAAAGGUUCGUCUACACGAUGGAACUGUAUAUACUGGUGUAAUAGAGGACGUCGACAUGCAAAGUGAUCUUGCGACUGUAAGAAUUAAAAAGACAAAUUUGCCAGUAAUGAAACUUGGAAAUUCAGCCGAUAUUAGGCCAGGAGAAUUUGUAAUCGCUAUUGGUUCCCCUUUGUCGUUGAGUAACACAAUAACUAGCGGAAUAGUGAGCAGUACAAAUAGACCAAGCGAAGAACUUGGUCUUGAUAAGAACCUGACGUAUAUUCAGACCGAUGCUGCUAUUACCUUUGGAAAUUCUGGUGGUCCAUUAGUGAACUUAAACGGCGAAGCGAUUGGUAUAAAUGCCAUGAAAGUUACCGCUGGUAUUUCUUUCGCUAUACCUAUAGAUUAUGCGAAAGAGUUUUUGAGAAAAGCUGAAAUACGUAGAAAAAACAAAGGUAACAUUCCUGAUACGAUGGAAGCGCCCAAAAGAAGGUACAUGGGUAUAACGAUGUUAACUAUUACUCCUGACAUUCUCUUCGAAUUACAACACAAAAGGGGCUCUACUUUAGACAUAAUCAAACACGGAGUAUUUGUUUGGAGAGUAAUCGUUGGCUCUCCCGCUUACAGCGGCGGUUUGCAAGCGGGAGAUAUAAUUACGCACGUCAACGAAGAACCAGUAUUAGCCGCCGUUAAUAUAUACAAAGCGUUGGAAAGCUGCGGUCCAUUAAAACUGACGGUCGUCAGACAGAAUGACGUUCUUACGAUAAUGAUCGAUCCUGAAGACUGAAGAAGCUUGUUACACGGAAAGUAUAAUAAUAUAAGUGCCUGGUAUAUUCCUCGAUUCAAUAAAAAGGCAAUGAACCAA